GGCGGAGGGAGCGUUCGGAAAAGUAUACAGGGCCUCACUCCACGGGACGGAGGUCGCAAUCAAGGUCAUGAUUGGCGAGCUGACGGACCCGAAGCGGAGGCAAUUCAUCUCAGAAGUUAACACUCUCAGCGGACUCAAUCAUGCCAACCUCAUUUCCCUCGUCGGGUACUGUGUGGAGGGAGGGCAUUGUGCCUUGGUGUACCCAUUCUUCGGGGGCGGCAGCCUGCACGACCGAUUGUUCCCCAAGCCAAGCUCGGAGCCGGGUGCAGACCCACCUCCAGAGGAGCGUCGGUGUGCCUUCCGGCCUCUAACCCUUCAGGAACGCAUGAGCAUCAUCUUCCAGGUUGCCAAGGGCCUCUGCUACCUCCACGACGCGGCCAGACCGCCCAUCAUCCAUAGGGACAUCAAGAGCAACAACAUUCUACUUGGUACUGGUUCGGGGGAGAGGCUCCACACCGUUGUGGCCGACUUUGGUCUAGCGUCCAUAGGAGAGAGAGUGUUAGGGAGUGCGCGCGAGCAUGUUGUCCUSACCUCUCACAUCGGCGGAACCUUUGGGUACAUGUCCCCAGAGUACAUGCUKAAAGGUGAGCUGUCGGACAAGAACGACGUGUACUCCUUUGGGGUCCUCGUUCUGGAGGUGCUGACGGGUAAACAGGUCCUUGCACCAGCAGCUUCUGGGGUCGGAUGGCAGACGCUCGUGGAUUGGGUGAGGCCUUUCCUUCAAGUUGGAGAUGAUAAUGGGCCCGUCGUCCGAAAGCAGGGUGUGGAGCUGCCCUACGCAAUUCUUGAUCCCUGUUUGAGGGAGCAAGCAGUGGAGUAUCCUAUCAGGCAGAUGGUGAUGGCCACUAUCACAUUGGCCUGGCAAUGCGUGCAGUACGACUACAGAUCGAGGCCAGCCAUGAGGGACAUCGUACAGUACAUUCACAACUUGCUCGUGGAGGCAGGCUGGCAGCGCUUGACGGCGAUGACAGAUGUGUCGAGGCUUGUCAACUUGUCCGAACUUCCGGAUGACGAAG